GAGCUUGACCUGAGCGAAAUCGAUGUGUUUGCCGCAAGACCAAGAAUAAGAAAAACCGACCCCAAGUCGCAACUGCCUAAAUACGUGACAGGAGACACUGGGAGUAUAAAACUCCCGGCGAUGACUGUUAGUGCGGAAUUUAAGGAGAGGCUGGCCAUUGCAAGCCUGGAAGCAGGGAGCCUGCGUGAGAGGAACAUGGCAGUGCGACGUCGAAUCGAGCAGCGUCGCAUGGCUCGCCACAGGAGGCGGCAGCAGGCAUCGAGCACUGAGGGCAACUCGUGUGAGGAGGAACCAGGUGACCAGCAGAAGUGGCAGGAGGUGCGCCCUUUCCUGAGUGUGAAUGACCACCUCUGUGGUCCCGUGUCUCACGGCAGCUGCGGGCCCAAGACAGAAGUUGAAACCCUGGUGGAGGCUGCCAUUGCCGAUGGAGACUUUAACAAGGCAGAGAUGUUGAGCGACCACUUGGCCAACAGGCAGUUUGCUGUGAAGAUUGCAGACGCAUUUGCUGCCAAGCGGUGUGCAGAGGAGCAAGAGGCCAAAAGGAGGAGAGACUAUGUCAAGAGGCAGACCAAGUUACCUUGGGGGUUUGAAGCAAAAGAGCGGUGGCAGAUGAAGGGCAAUAUGUGACCGUGUGGCUAGCAUGAUGGAUCCAGGUCGUGGCAACGUUUGCUGCAGAUUCCAGUGGAAUGCUGUUAGUAGGAACAGGCAAGCGCAAGGCCCCCAACUCCGUGCAUGGGUACGGGAGGAAGCAGUGCUGCUGCAGUGCCACCUCUUCCGAGUGACCUGCUAUGUGGCCACAGCCACUCCACACCUUGCCCAGAUGCCUUAUCAGCUCCUGACAGUAAAUGUGCUGUUGACUACAAGCAAAUGCAUUGAAAUGCUUUGGGUGAGCAAUUUUUCUUUGGGGUGGUCGUAAAUACAUUCAUCUCUGUAGCAGGCAA